AGCACGUUAUUUGGUUGGCCAAUGACUCUGUCAUUGAAUGACGUGACCUUGCGUCAGCAACCCGCGUAACGAGGAGACAAGUAUGGCGGCCGUCCUCAGAGGGACUCGGUACCUCGUCGGAAGGCGGUGCAAGAAUGUUCCCUUGGCGAUUGCCUCCACGAGGUCCAUGGCCUCCAAGACACAGGUGGGCUUUAUUGGCCUUGGAAAUAUGGGAAACCCAAUGGCCAAGAAUUUGCUGAAGAACGGAUACCCAGUCAUAGCCACAGAUGUCUUCCCGGAGUCCUGCAAGGAAGUUCAAGAGCUGGGUGCCCAGAUUGUCGAUAAUCCUGCCGAGGUAGCGGACAAGGCUGACCGCAUUAUCACCAUGCUUCCCUCAAAUCCGAAUGUUAUUGACGCGUAUACCGGAGCCAAUGGGAUUCUCAAGAAAGUGAAGAAGGGCUCCUUGCUCAUUGACUCCAGUACAAUUGAUCCAGCUGUUUCAAAAGAGAUGGCGGCGGCUGCUGAGAAGAUGGGAGCAGUUUUUAUGGAUGCACCUGUGUCAGGAGGUGUGGGUGCCGCCAAUUUAGGAAAGCUGACUUUUAUGGUGGGAGGAGCCGAGGAAGAGUUUACUGCUGCCCAAGAGCUUCUCAGCUGCAUGGGAGCCAACGUGGUUUACUGUGGUCAGGUUGGAACUGGACAGGCUGCUAAAAUAUGUAACAACAUGCUCCUUGCCAUUGGAAUGAUCGGAACAGCCGAAACAAUGAAUUUGGGAAUCAGACUUGGUCUUGAGCCAAAACUCUUGGCCAAGAUCCUAAACAUGAGUUCAGGCCGUUGCUGGUCCAGUGACACCUACAAUCCUGUGCCCGGAGUGAUGGAGGGAGUCCCGUCGGCAAAUAACUACCAGGGGGGCUUCGGCACGCAACUAAUGGCCAAGGAUCUCGGUCUGGCCCAGAACACAGCCACCAACACAAAGACCCCCGUUCCACUCGGCUCCUUAGCUCAUCAGAUCUACCGGAUGAUGUGCGCCCGCGGUUACGCCAGUAAAGAUUUCUCCUCGGUGUUCCAGUUCUUGCGCGAGGAGGAGGGACAGCAAUGAGUGCCUCCUCCGUCCCAUGCUAGCCUUACCUUAAGCAGACCUGUCGCCACACAGGUCUGCUGCCACACUGUAGCUGGUCGGGGGUGCCUUUGGGGGGGGGGCCCCCAUGAGGACUCUUCCAAAGUUGUCAAAAGAUAAGACACAAGCUCCCAAAAUAAACGUUUUACUCAACAAUGCAACACUCCUUUCCCUAUUGGAGGCUAUACUGUCGGACAUGCAGCGGAUUGAAAAGGUUUAAGGUUAUCCCAACAGUAGCACUUACAAGACAAUGUGUGUCAAGUGGGGAUUUUAGUUACAAAAUUGAGACUGUGUUUUCACGUUUGCUCAUUUUAUGUUACUCCAAUAAUGGUCAAUGUGACAUUGGUAUGAACGUCACAUAAUUUCUUGCAAAGAAAUAAAGACAAUGACGUCUUAAACUUUAACUUCCUGAAACAUGUAUUCUUAUUAAAUCGUGUAAUACCAUGUACCGUAAUUUCUCGUGAUGCGCACCCAUGUAUAAUAUGCAUCCCCAAAGCUUGACCUCAAAGUUCUGGAAAACCCUUCUAUGUAUAAUGCAUUUUUACAAUGCAUGGUUUUGCUUCGACCAUAUGAUCAAAACAUGAAGUAUUAUUUGUAUUUUAUUUUUUUUUUUGCUGUUUUCAAAAGAAUUAUUCUGAAGUUAAGCACUUUAUUAGAACACAAAACAUUUUUUAUUUACUUGCUCUUAUUUUGAAAUUCACAGUCCUAUUUUUAUUUAGUAAAGAGAAAACACACAGUUGUGCUCAUAUGUUUGAUUACCCAGGCAGAAUUUGUAAGAUGGGUACAAUUCUUUAAAGAAAACAUGAAGGGCCGGGCGAAACACAUUUAAUUUCAUUUUAAUUGGAUGCAACUUAAGCUGUCAAGCAUUUCAGAAAAUCAUUAUCAUUAAACAAAACAUAACCAUAAAGAAAUUAAUGAUGGUUGUUGUUCAGUCAACAGUCAUAUUUAAAAAGAAAAUAAUAAUUUUAAAAAAAAACAGUAUUUCACAAAUUCUGCCUGGGUAUGUAAACAUGAGCACAAUUGUACAUAUAUGCAGUCAUAUGUACACCUGUCACAUUGGAAUGAAAGUGUAGGCUACACCUUUUUCGUAACCUCUUGGUGGCAUACUAGAAUGAAAGUGUACAGCAUUUCAUAACCUCUAGAUGGCGGCAUACAUUUAUAAAAUGGGAAAGUCUUUAAUUUUCCCCUAUACCUAUGUAUAAUGCGCACUAUUGACUUUUGACCCCAAAAACAUUUUGGGGGUGGAAUGCGCAUUAUACAUGAGAAAUUACAGUACAUGUCAUGUGACAACUGAACCUUUUUUAAAUUAUAAUUCUGAAUGCCGUGUUUAUGCUCCACCUGAGUUUCCUGCCACUAAUGGAUUCGAUACCUUCUAGUUUGACUCACCCGGUAGUAACAUAACAACACCCUAAGAAGCUUCACAAGUGGAACCAAGUGUUUUCCCCCACGAGCAAAUAAAACCAAAAACACUU